UAUUCGGUCUCUCAUAACGAUCCACAAUCCCGGCUUCAAACACUCGUCAAACGUGGCGCUACGAUGCAAGACCGCCACAGAAAUGGUCCCCAGACUAGGACUGAAUUCCUGGAAGGGCCCAGGCAGUUCCAGAGGGACGAGAUCGGUCCAGGAUUUCCCUCAGCAUACAGUUUCUCCAGUUUCACAUUCCGUUGUAUUACAGGUCUUAUGUUCCUUUUAUUCCUUCUAUCUAACCGAAAUCGGACUCUAUUCAUCUACCUACAGUAUAAAUACACAUGUAACAGUCCAUAAAAUGCAGGUUGAUUUUACC